AGUGAGCCGUCAACCGGCUUCCUUGUAUGUUCUCGAUAGACAUGCGUACAAUUCUCUUCUCGAUGAAAUUUAAUUGCUACAUGUUCAUUUAAAGAACAAUUAUUUAAAACUUAAUUUAUUAAAUUUAACAAUCAAAUCAUGUAUUUUUCAAAUUUAUUUAAAAUAAUUUUACUAUGCUCAGUGCUCUCGAUCAUCUUCAUACCAAAUAUUGGAGGUUCGGAAGAUGGCAAGAAAUCGAAGAGCGCCAGAGCGUUGGAGACGCGAGACUCCGGGGGAGACGACGAUACGGAUGGUCUGGACCAAAGAGAUAGGCUCGAGGACGAUGACGAAGAAACAACCAAAGUCCCGCCGGGAUUUCUGAGCCCGUCCGUGAGGGAAUACUUGGAACUAGGAAGGUCGAUUCCAGGCAAACCAGGCACGGACUAUCCGGUACUGGCCGUGGUCCCAUAYACAGACUUCUACUGCGACGACCAACCGUACCCGGGAUUCUUCGCGGACGUGGACACCAGGUGUCAGGCCUGGCACUAUUGUGACAUCGACGGCCGGCAGGCGUCUUUCCUGUGCCCGAACGGCACGCAGUUCAGUCAGGCCGUGUUCGUGUGCGACUGGUGGUUUAACGUGCGGUGCGACCUUAGCAAAGAUCUGUACCACAUCAACGAGCGACUGUACCGGACCACACCUCGACCCGAUAGGCCGCACAGAGUGCUCACCAAGGAGUUGCUCGACCAGAUAUUCCUCUGAUCGGACACUACGCGAUUUAUAUAUAGAUAUCAUAUGAUUGUGUUUAACGUCUACAUAUAUACACACACACACACACACACACACACAUAUAAGUACCUAUAGGAUUUAUGAUUAAUACUUAUACGAUUUAACAAGACGUUAGCGGCCGUUCGAUAGAUAUAUAAAUAAUAAUUAUGCCUGGAAGACAUUAAGCAAAUUUAAAUGUUAUUUCCUUGAACAAUACUGUCAAAUUAUCUAGAUACACCUCUCUCCCACCUUUUGUACAUGGUAUAUCGUACGUAGAGCGACGUCUUCUUUCCAUCUCUUUUCAAAAACAUUAUUUCAAUCUCAUUUAAAUAAUGUAGCACUUUUUGUAUUAUUGUUACAUGCAUACAUAAAAUGAUGUGAAAAUAACUAAAAUUAGAAAAGAUUGAUCGAUUUAUAUAAAUAAGCACGAAAACGUUAAAUUUGAUUUUUGCUCAUGCAUAAAAUUUUGAAAUCUAUAUACAUAUACUAUAAAUCAAAUAAACUUUAGAAAGUGAUCAUGGCGCCCGCGGCUUAUACGGUAACCUGUCAACAAAACGUCCACUGCCACCGCGAACAUAAUAUAAUAGUAUAAUAUCGACAAGUCAACAAGACUUUUGUAAAUACAUAUUUUCUAGAAUUCCGCGUAUACCUACGCCUGCGGCGAUAUCAUUUUUAUAGCCCGUGAACGUCACACGACUAAAACCAAAUAAAAUUUAAUUAAACGUGUAUAAUAAUACACAUUAUUUAAUAAUUCAUUACACACCACGACGAGUGACCCCURCAUAUAUCGUGACGAUAACCGCCCACCAAUCGUAGGUAUAUGACUGUUGACAUCUCAAGCGGAGGUUCACACCAACCACUAUAUCGCCUAUAUACGUAUAAUAUCCAAACAUGAUACUAAAGUUCAGCUACACGUUCACGAAAURUUAUCAAACCGCGAUCGAGAUAAAAUAUUAUUUGGCCAUCGAAAGUUGUGUACCUACAGAUAAAAUAUUAUACAAUAUAUUAUUAUAUUGGAGCUGUAGUAGUUAUAUAUUACAAUUCGUCAAUUUCGAGUAUUCCGACACUGUAUUCUUAUACACUACAUAAAAUACUCUAAUGUUUGUAAUUAUCUUCCCGGCUAGUUAAAUAUAUUAAUAUAAUAGGAAAAAAAUUAAAAGUUUGUGCGUUUCAUAAAAAAUAUUAUUAUGCCCAGUGCCCACGUUAAAGAGAAUAAUAGUUUUCAACUACAGACAGUAUAUGGGCACACCACAUUAUAGUGUUGUAUGUAAAUCGGAUGCAAGCGAACACCGCAUCAUUUGUUGUAUAAGCAAGACGCGUACCGAUUUACACGUUUAUGAUACUAUUGUCUUAAGGUCACCGCUUGUAAAUGUAUUCGUUUUGUUCACUACAGAAACUAUACAUGAGUAAAUUAUUGUUUUCAUAUUUCAAAGCUAAUAACUAUUUAUAAAAUGAUUGCAUUUGAAUCUUUACAAUAUAAAUUUAUAUUAUACAUACCUACUUACUUAACAUAUGAUAUGUAUGGACGUUACACACAUUAUGUGCGCAAUUGUUAUGCGAAUAAAGGUCGAUGACUAUAUUAUAAUUUAAAACAUGUCACAAAUACAUAAAACUUCUAUUAUCUAAUAGGCAAAAUAUUUUUCUUUAUAUAACUUGUUAUUUCACAUAUAUAUUAUACCAUAUUAUAUUUAUUAUUUAAGUAUUAA